CAUUUCUCAUAAGUUAGGGCUUGGCUUCAACUUUAAACUGAAGUCAAAGCUCAAGACAGCAGGACAGCAAACAUGGGAGACGUGGUGCUGACAGCAGAUCUGCCAGCAAGCAGCUUAGACUCUGAUAAACUCAAGAAGAACUCUGAGGAGAGCAAUCUGAAGUCCACAGAGGAGAAGAUCAAUGGAUCUCAAGAGACAGAAAAACAGAACGGAGAAGAAAAAGACAGCAAGGCCGCUGAGGAAAGCAAGAUUCAGGAAGACCUCAAGGAAUCGGAGGACCCUCAGAAGCCUCAGGAUGAAGAAGAGGUGCUGGGGCCAAAUGAUGUCACCUGUGACUCCUGCAUCGACCGGCCGUGCCGCGCAAAGAAGUCCUGCUUGACCUGCUUGGUGUCGUACUGUGAGGCUCACCUGAGGCCGCACCUGGAGAACGUCAAGUUUCAGAGCCACAGGCUGGUGGAGCCGCUGCGGGACAUCGAGAGACGGACGUGUGAGACGCACCGCUGCCCGCUGGAGCUUUACUGCUGCGCAGACGCGUGCUGCGUCUGUCAGGAGUGCUUAAAGGAGGAACACCGCGGGCACAAAGCCGUACCCAUCACAGAGGCACGCAAGAAGAUAGAGAAAGAACUUCAGGACAAACAGACGGACAUGGUGAAGACGGUCACAGCGGCAGAAAACGCCAUUAACAAGUUACAGGUCAACACUGUGUCUAUAGAGGCAUCUGUGAAGGAGGUGCGUGUAGUGAUAGAGGAGCAGUUCAACAUACUGCUGGCAGCCGUGGAACAGGCGAAGAAGGAAGUGAGUGAGAUUUUAGAGGUGGAGGAGCGACAGGCGCUGAAGCAGGCCGAAGGAAUUCGGGUUCAUCUGGAACAACGCUGCACAGAGCUGAAGAAAACUCAGAGUCAGGUCGAGAAAAUCACCAAGAACAAAAAUGACAUUGACUUCCUGCAUGAGUUUUCACAGUGGAAAAAGGAAACUGUUGAUGUGUCUUUACCUGGCGUUUAUAUUGGCCUCAUGGAUCGACUGCAGUCAUUCAGUCGUGUUAUCAAACAGUCCACGACAGAGAUAUGUGACAACCUGCUGACCUCAUAUACCAACAAACUUAAAGACACUUGUAAAAACGAUAAUGUUGGCAUAAAGACGACGGUUUAUGCCAUUAUUGCUGCAAAACAGAACAUGUCAAUUCCGAACCCAGAGACUAGAGAUGACUUCCUUAAAUACGUCACGCCUCUGACCUUAGAUGCAGAUACAGCCCAUCAGUAUCUGCGUCUGACAGAAGAACGAAAGAAGGUGACAAAUACAACACCGUGGCAGCAAAGCUAUCCAGACCUUCCCGAGCGCUUCGAGCACUUUAAACAGGUGCUGACAGUCGAGAGCUUCUACCUGGGCCGCCACUAUUUCGAAGUAGAUAUGAAAGGAGAAGGCACUCACGUCGGCCUGACGUAUAAGAGCAUCGACCGCAAGGGAUCUGAGAGCAACAGCUGCAUCACAGGAAACAACUUCUCCUGGUGUCUGCAGUGGAACGGACGCAGCUUCUCCGCGUGGCACAGCGAUGUGGAGACGCCGCUCAACAGCCCGAAGGCCACAAGGAUCGGCGUGUACGUGGAUUAUUCCAGCGGCGUGCUGGCUUUCUAUGACGUGACGAAUGACAUGGCGCUCAUCCACAAGUACAAGGCUGAGUUUUUGGAGCCGCUUUACCCAGCAUUCUGGCUUUCCAAGAAGGAAUGUGUCGUGCUUUUGGAACCAGGACCAACGUCCUCCCUGUCAUCUCCAUCUCCUGUUUCCUCUCCCAAAUAAACUGCUUAUGUGUAUCCACAUCAUUUCCAUCUUAUUAGGUCCUGUUUGCACCUGGUUUUGGUUCACCUAAGACACGUUAACAGUGUAAACAGGGCUUUAGGAGAUCUACUGUAACCUGUGACUGAUAUUAAGUUUUUACGACUGCUACAAUGCUUUUACGCAAGAUACCUAUUAAAAUACCUACAAAUAUGUUUUGUGCAUUGAUUAGAUAUCCCAAAAUAUAUUUUCUAAGUAUAAUUUUUUCUUAAAUGCAUGAAACUAUAUAUAUAUAUAUAAUUUUUAAUAUUUAUAUAUACAUUAUAUGAGAUAAUAUAUAUUAUAUAAAUAUUGAAAUUAUAUGUAUUAUAUAUAAAUUAUAUAUAUUUGUAUAUGUGUGGGUUUUCAUUUCAUUUUGGACUAUGUGAGAGAAACAUUUCUCCUCUAUACCGUACUGUUGCACAAGUGACCAAACCUAUUUGACGUAGUUGAAUAUUGUGGUACAUUUCACUUGGGUUGGGUUAACAGGACAGAUAUGGCUCUUUAAUGACUCUGUACACUAUCUGUAUGCUGCUGUUUUCCCUUAUAUGUUACAUUUUGUGCCUCUAUCAAAUGUGACAGGUGACAAAAACAUGGUCUGUCAAUGCAAAUAAAAAAUUGUU